UGACGGUGGGAAAGAAAACAAAGAAGACGAAGAAACGCACUGAGAGGAAGAGGGCUAGCUGGUUGCUAAUUUAAACAGCGCAACUCAUGUAAUGUGUCAUUAAAGUCGGUGUUCCUGUCAGAAAAACAUCAUAUGCGGCUAAAGAAGAGGAAGACCAUCACAAACAUUUCCUGACACAAGCCAACUCUUUGCUGACUCCAUGGAGAAGCAGUUGCAUUUGAACCUGCUAGCAUCCAGACCCCCUAUGGCAGGUGGUUUCCAGUCCGGGUCCAAGAUGAAAAUGGGACCUGGACGAAAGAGAGAUUUCACCCCCUUGCUCUGGAGUCAGUACUUUGAAACCAUAGAAGAUGUUGAAGUGGAGAAUGAAAACGGCAAAGAUAUUUUCAGACUUUACUGCAGCGGCUCCAGCGGUCCUGUGCUGCUGCUGCUCCAUGGAGGCGGCCACUCUGCGCUGUCCUGGGCCGUGUUUACUGCCGUCAUAUGCAGCAGGAUCAACUGCAGGGUGGUUGCCAUGGACCUUCGAGCUCAUGGAGACACUAAAGUAAAAAAUCCAGAGGAUCUCUCUGCAGACACCAUGGCAAAGGAUGUUGGUAAAGUGGUGGAGGCAUUGUACGGAGAGAACCCCCCUGAGAUCAUGAUGAUCGGACACAGUAUGGGCGGAGCCAUCGCCGUUCACACAGCCAGUGCUAACCUCGUCCCAUCGCUGCUGGGUCUCUGUGUCAUCGACGUCGUAGAAGGUACAGCAAUGGACGCUCUGAACAGUAUGCAGAAUUUCCUCAGAAGUCGGCCAAAGACAUUUAAGUCUCUGGAGAAUGCCAUAGAGUGGAGCGUGAAGAGCGGUCAGAUUAGAAACAUCGAGUCUGCUCGAGUUUCUAUGGGAGGCCAAGUGAAAAAAUGUGAGGAGUCUGCCAGCAAUCCAAGUGUUUCUAAUAGCAUCGGCGAGGGCAUCAUAGAGGAAGAGGAAGAAGAAGGAGCAGAAGAAUUGAACAAAAAACGAAUGAAGGAGGACGACCAAGAGGUUAAAAAGGAAAGCUUCUACACCUGGCGAGUGGAGCUGUCAAAGACGGAAAAAUAUUGGGAUGGUUGGUUCAGAGGUCUGUCAGCCCUUUUUCUCAGCUGUUCUGUGCCAAAACUGCUGCUUCUUGCAGGAGUGGACCGGCUUGACAAAGAUCUCACUAUUGGACAGAUGCAAGGGAAGUUUCAGAUGCAGGUCCUCCCUCAGUGUGGCCAUGCUGUUCAUGAGGACGCACCUGAGAAAGUAGCAGAUGCUCUAGCAACAUUUAUGGUCCGACACAAAUUCACUGAGUUUAAAGAAGGAUUUCUGUGCUAACUUCCUGUCUUGAUUAAGCCAGCAGGCGUAGAAGAAAUGUUUCAAGAUUCAUUGCAGUCAUUGUGGAACUUGAAAGCUAUUUAAGAAAAAUAUUACAUUAUUAUUAUUAUUAUUGUUGUUGUUUUGCUGCUUUUGUUCUGUAGAUAUUUUUGCCUUUCAGCUUUGCCUUGUUUUCUUUUAAACACUAUUUGAUUAUUUUUCUUUGUACUCCCAUUUUUUCUAUUCUCUGAAAUGUAAAGCUCUUGUUUUGGUGUUUUUAUUUUGAGUGACUGCAUCAUUAAUUCACUGCUAAUGUUUGUCUCUGAAGUGUUAGUUUGAACUAUAAUGGCAAUGAUUAAAAAUGGAUGCAAUAAAAAUAUGUUCAACACUUUA